AUGGAUUCCUGCCUCAAAAUGGUGCUACUCUGUGGACUUUUGUGGAUAGCAUCUCUUCAGACAACCAGCGCAUACAGAUUUCGACGGUCCAGGAGCGAGAACCCGAUUCUGAACACAAAUAUCGAGAAACUAAAAACACAUUAUAACACGCUUGCAAAGGAUUGGGUUGGAAAAUCUGUGUUUGUUUCUCAUCUGGACCAGCUGAAUUCUAAGCCAACCUGCACUUGCCAGGCUGUGUUGCUUGAAGGAAUGCUGAGCAUCUAUGAAGACAUUUUCCAAGACAUGAUGAACAAGUCAGAUAAUAAAGAAGUGAGAGACGAUCUUAAAAAAGUAAUUCAUGAGGUGAAAAAUUUGAAGCACAAGUACAACGAAGAACAUAAAUUAUGGAGGGAGCUCCAGGAUAUUCACUCAGUCAAGGCGAAAAAUGGAACAAUCCAAGAAAGAGCAUUAAAUGACUUCCUGAAGGUGUAUUAUCGGGCCUCCACAGAAAAACGGCAUUUACACAUGUCUUAG